CCUUUCAUCUCAAUGGGUUGAAAACUCAAUUCGUAAGCAGUUUUGGCGGCCCCAGUCCGAAAUGAGUGAGCUCUUUUUUUCCACAGAAAGCCACUGUUUUCUUCAAGUUCGCGUUUGAAAUUGCUAUGCAUUCAGUACAGACCCAUGAAUGGGCAAAAGAGAGGGCCAAGGCCCGAUGGACGACAUGAUACAUACUCGUGCAAGGUUGUUAAUGGAUAAAAAUCCGGGUUGUUGGUGGCAUUUAGUUGAAUUCUUUGAGGGGAGUCGGUUUUGUUAUUUUCACUGUAUGGGAAGGAAGUCGGCGCUGAUAAAUGGGGAACUCCAUUUGCCAACUCGAUGUGAGAUAGACACAACACAGAUUCUUAUAACUUGAAAUGUAUGAAACCAAAGAGAAUGCACACACCACGGCAGCUAUAGUAAAUGCAUGCAUGUACCUGUACAUGUAUAUGUACAGUAGUUUUGUUUCAUACUGUGCAGAGUACGUGGAUUUUUCUUCCGUGCAUGCACACGUGGAUUCCUCACUACCUCAAACUCGGCCGCAGAAAGUCUAUGUCCAUGGACCAGAAGCAGCCAUGGACGACAGUGAUAAAUAUUCCCAAACCAAAAAUCAAGAAAAUAUAAUUUUCACAGGUGUUCAAGAAACAUAUCAAAGGAAAGCUCACUUCCUCAUCUUUCAUUUCCCUUCCAAUUUUCAGUGGACCAACCGGUGACUUUUGAAAAAAUUCUCUUCAGAGAAAACCCACCGCUCAAAACAGUCACGAGGCCAUCGCCAUUUUGAAAAUUGAUGCCUACACUCUAUUGCAAAAUACAGCAAUUAGGAGGGCCCUGAUAAUUUCCUAAAAUACAAGGUGGCAGUCCCACUCCCACCCCAGGAUUUUAUCCACCGUACAAUUCACGUGCACAGACUCUAGUACUAGCAGACUCUAAUACUUGCCCGCUUUGGCAAUUAUUGUCAUCUUUACUGGCCAGCAACAUGCAGCUGUACAUGUGUGUGCAUUUUACGAGGGCAUCCUAGGAUUGACCAUACACUCUGACACCGAAUGAGGUCUCAAAAAACCACGAUUCUUUUUACCUCAUACGUUUCAGUCAUGGCGACAUUACAACUAAAUGAUUUUUGACCCAAACCGAUAGUAAGAUGCGCCCUCGGAGUCUCAAUCAAGUCUCGUGCGUGAGACCGUGGUGAGACACUGCAGCUUAUGACGGGAGCAAAAUAGGGGCUGUAGUAAUAAUGAUUAAAAACAAAUUAAAAAAAAAAUCGACAACAUUUACAUGACGAUCUACCACUCACUCCGUAUGAUUUCAAAUACAUUUUCAUACUCAAAAUUAUAUAAACUUUUUCAUCAAAACGUCUGUUUAAUCUAAACAAAUGCAGUUUUUCCGUGGUUGUAAAUUGGCGGAAAACUCAACAAUUUUUUUUCUGGGGGGCGGGGCAAGUGUUGCACCCUAUCCUGUUAGGGAGUCAACUACAAAGGCGUAGAAAAAUGCAUGUGACGUGAUGGGUUCGUCAACUGCGCGGCUGGGGCAUAGUAUAGUGCCGGAGAGCUCGCCAGAAAAGUGGAGUCAUAUUCGUGGAAGUUCCUUUUUUUUCUUAGGACUUAUUUACGAACUAAUUUUCCCUAAAUCAAGAAACCCUUCAUCAUGUCACAAUGGGUCCAGUUAAAGAAUGGAUUUUUUGCGUGGUAACUUUUUAUCCUUGAUUUGUUGCGAUCCUAUCGGAACCGCUUAGACCAAUUCUGAACUAGGAAAAGUGUUGUCGUAAAUGCCACCGAUCCUGCGGGAAUUUUUAUCGACAAUUUUGAAAAUAACUUAAUUUUAAUGUAGUGUAAGGACGUGCGCGCUGGAAAAACCAGAGGUCACGACCCACCGACCUGUAAUCUGAAUUCAAAUUAAGAUGUAAGUUUUACAUCGCACUUGUCGUCAGCAGAGGAAUUUUCUGUGACGUAAAAUUGACAGUGUAAUUAUCCUGCAACCCCGUUGGCCCUGUAAAAAUUUCGCGUCGGGAGGGUAACUGCGAUCGACACUUUACAAUUUACACAUUUUGUUGGAACUGGCAGCAGUCUCCGAAGGUGCUACCAGAGAAAGAUACAGUGCGAUGACGGCUAAAAGAAAAGGCGCAACCGCUUCUGCUUUGAGUUGUUGAGGUCAUUGCUCUCAGACCCGCACCAGUCCUGUUCUAAUGUACAUUUACUUCUAUAGCGGUAGAAACCUUUUUUUUCGCGAUACGCACGCCAACAAGUUUCGCUUUGGCUGCAUGUUAUUCAUAUACAUGUACCUGUACAGUACCCACAAUCACCCUUACUGUUGAAAACGAUUUUGUUUGAAAAGGCACAUACGCAUGUUAAUGCAAUUGGCUAUUAUUACUCAAUGUAUUGAACUCGCUAAACAAAUUUAUACUAUCCACGAUUCAUGAUGUAAAGGUCAGAGUAUACUGUAUUAAUAUAGGACUCAAUUACUAAUAUUUGUAGGCCACAAAGCCUAACCGGCCGAGUUUUCCCCAUGACCUGAGUAAUUGAUGUGUGUUGGGGGCAUCAACGACCUCAGGGUAAUGGGUGUUCAAACUAUGACGGGUCACAUAAGUUGUCUGUCAUUACUUGAUCUUAAACAGUGCAAGUGAAACCCAUACAGUACAUAACAACAGUACUAGUACUACACGUAUAGAGUGAUCCACCUGCGACAUCACUUCUUAAAAACUUGGCACACGGGAAAGUUGGGACUUUGAGUAUACACCGUUAUAUGUACACAUACACCGAGCCCCGGAAAUUUGCGCAAGAGUGUAACCAUGUCUCUGAGGCAGUUAUACAAAAUUCCUAGAGAAGUGUUGGUUUCGUUUGACGAUAAGUCGACAAGCAUAAUGCCUACAAAACUCAUCAAAAACGUGAAACCCGGCAUAGAAAGCGGUGAGAGGGUGGAAGUGCUAUGGGAAGGGGAAUACCUUCCGUGCGAAGUUCUCCGAUUUUCAGACGACCACUCUGAUCUGCUUUUUCUACAAAGAGCUCUUUCGAGGACCAAAGAAACCGUGGCUAAGGUUCAAGGGACGAAUGAGAAAAGAAAAACGACAGAUGUCCAAGAUGCAGAAACUGCCAGUGCCAGAAAUUCCAAGACAAAGGUACGAAGAACAACUGAGAACCCCCAAAAGCCGCAGGAACAAACUGCACAGACGUCUGGAGCAUCAAAGAUAAAGGUUCAAACAAAUUUAAAGAAGAAAGGAAAAACGCAGAAGGUCAAAGAGGCGAGAACUACUGGUACAUCAAAGGCAAAGAAGUUGCAGAAAAGGCCAGCUAAGGAGAAGAAGAGAGCAACUGUCCUGGCUCGGUUCUGUGUUGACGAUGACGAUGUAGAGGCUGUGGAAGAGCAGUUGGAGAGGCUUGAACCACCCCAAUCACCUAGGGACCACCACGGGUCAGAAGAAACAGACGGCCCUGUUCUAGCACUUACUGCAGAUGAUGAUCAGGCUGCUGAAACCCCGGCCCGUACCAGCUUAGGGUCACCGGAUACUAUAAGUCCCGAACAGAUACCAUACUUCCCGGAGCUCAGUUUUCUAUCCGAUGAAAUGAACAGCAACAUGGGAAGCCCCCUAAAAGAUUCUUGGUCCCCUGCAUAUAAAACAAGUACUCCAGCCAAAACACCGAUGGCAAGAAUUUCAGUAACCGAUUUGGAGAUGUUUCGUAAAAUGGCGAGUCAGAUUGACGACUUGUGGAAACACAAGUUCGUCCCUGACUCGCCAUCAAAGCGUUCAUCUCCAGUCCCUCAAGUGACACCACCACGAAUGGGAUCAUCAAGGCCUGCCUUAUCUAAUACCGCUUCCACCCCCUCAGACCCUCCAAUGAAUCUCUCGUCUCUUUCGACGGAAAUAAUAGCGGACCAUAAAGACAGCUCGUCCUCUGAGGCGAACUUUGCGCUUUCGUUGGUCCGUUUAUUAUUUUCGAAGGAAGAGAUGAAGGCAAGUAAUUGUAGGGGCGUUAGGGGGAAGACGAAGCUUGACCCAGUAAGAUUGAACCACAUUAAAGGAAUUCUGAAGGGUCGAACAUCCCUCCCUCCAGAAACGUUUGAGAAAUACUGGAGAAGAGAUUGCUUUAAAGCCAUUGAUGAGGGGUGCAGACGACUUAAUCGCUCCAGAUCCUUAUUGUAAUUAGUACACUUCAGGUAUGAUUAAUAGCUAGCUAAAAAUAUAGCUACCACCAAUAUAAACUGUCCGGUUUCUGGUCAGCAUCUUGCGCCAAAAGUGGUGCGGUAACGCAUUUUGUAACCCUCAUCUUUUUUUCUGGAAUUGAUGUACAUAUACAUUGUGUACAGCACGGGUUGUCCAUCGCGACUGUAGUAAAAUUAAUAUUGAGACAUCAUAAAUUCAUACGGAUUCCUUGGAUUGAAUUUCAUUAUUUCGCGUACUGAGACUGAUUUUGGGGAAAAACUAACAUUGAAUACAAGUGCAGUUGUACAUGCACACCGAUUAAUUUGACAAAUUAAAUUAUUGUUCAUUUUGGCUUUCCAGAUUUUUGCCCUCACCUUUUUGCCGGCUGUUAUUGAUUUGUAAUCUUCCCUACACACUGUACAUUGUAAUUACUCCGUUUUGGUGCUGUGACUGUACAUUUUCAUUUUGAAGAUGUUUUGUUUAUGCAGAGAUGUCCAGUAUUUGACAGUUGAUACUGAAUCUUUCUCUUGGGGAACUUGAGAAUGACCUUACAUAUUUCAUUUUUAAAGUAUCUCUCAAUACCAACGCAUUCUACAAAAUUCUUGUAAUGUACAUGUAGGUCAUAGUUACGAUCAGGUGUUGCAAAUGUUACGUUAUUUUAUGAAAAACAAAGACAGACCUGAUAAAGUUUUAUUACAAUGAAAGAGUUGCAACAACGGUCUGUCAUCCUGUGUAAAGGUCGACAUUCUUCCUUUUGACAACACCACUAUACACGAUUAUGAGGUAGAAAUCAACAGUUAACCGAAAUUGUAUGACGUCAAAAUAUGUUUAAAAAAAUGAAUAAAACUGUUUGAUCGUAAAACAAUGAACACCCAAAUUCGGAGUGAACUUUAAUUCACUCCGAACUAUGUAGAAACAUUUGUGGUCAUGUUAAUUAGUUACCUGAUUUAAUACGCUGACCACAAGACGGCCAUAGUUGAUUUUACAGCCCAUGCUCUCAGCAAAUACAAUGUAUUACAUGUAGUCCAUGAACAGCUGUUGAAGAAAUACCGACUGUCCAUUUUCUAAAGUAUCUCACAGAACCAGAAUUUCUUAACUUAACCUGAGCUCUCCCAGGAACACGUGGCCGUUGUCGUGUUUUGUUACGGAUGGCUAUAAAUAUUCAGAUUGCAGCGGCUACAAAGAUGCUUGUACCUUACUCCAGUAAAAUGUGGUCAGUAAUCAACUUUGUGAGUUGGAAUUCGGGUUCUUCAAAAUUCUUUUGAAAAUGUAAGCUUUUAGUUUGGACUUUACGGAUCGACGAACAUGACGACGACGGCUUUCCUAGUUCUAGAUCGGUUUAACCAGUUCCGAAUCGCAACAUAUACACGUUCUUCUUCACAAAUAAAGAGUAAACACGAGGGAAACUGUUUAUGAAAAAAACUGAUUUUUCAUUGAAGAAUUUCUUCAUUUAGAGAAAAAUCAAUUCAUAUCUUGGGACAUCACUGAAUUAAAACGUACAACUUCCGUAACUUUCAAUGUUCAGCUGUACAUCAAGAUAAAGGGGGGCCUAUUCUUGAAGUGUAUUAAUAUGUUAUGUGGAGUAUUUAUGACCUUGGGUCAUCCUUUCAUUUUGAAAGCUUAGUUUUGGAAAGCUAUACAAGUGAACUGUGUACUUGACUUAACGAGAAUGUUUCAUGUGCAUUCGAUUUGCUACGAAUUUCUACCGUUGAUUGGUAUUGAUUUUUCCCCAGAAUCGAAGUUUUUUAUCCUUACGCAACCCUCUAUUUUAUACAUAUUUUUCUGUAUUUUGCAUAUGCUGCUGAUUUCAUUCCUGCUAUAGUUCUACCUACAUGUAUGGUAGCGUAUAUUCGGCAUUCGUCCCCGAUUUGACAUAAUAGACUGGAAAAGGACCAGGACAUCGUUAGUACUGCCAUUAGGGCGGAUGAACCGUCCGGGAAAGAACAAUUUACUGGAUAUCAACUGGAUAGCCACAAUUCCAUCAAUGCACUUCCCAGGCUACACGUAUUUUCUAAAUUUCAUUAUAGGCCUACAUGUACAUAUGCAUUUAUAGAGGCCCUCUAGUCCUACAUGACAGUUACAUGCUGGAAAUUCGUGGACAGUUCCGGCUGUCGGUGAUCCCUGCCAUAUAUCGACGGACCUGCAACUGAAAGAAAAAAGUUCAUGUCAAGUAAUCUGUUUUUAUAGUACUUGAAAGGUUUGGAAUUACUUUCUACUGUUGCUAACAAUAACAAAGGAAUCGUUAUUCGGGAAUGUGUAGGCUUACACCACGGUCUCCUUGUAGUAGUACAUUUUAUUUAGGAAGCAACCGGGUUAUCGAAAUGAAAGUAAGAAUACUAUAAUGUCCCAAUUUACGCCUAUCCUACGAAUAGGCUACUUUUUAAAACUUAUUUUAAAUACAUG